AUGUACCCCAGGGUGAUUUUGAAGGGAACUCUGAUUAAAAAGUCUCAACAAAAGAAGCGAGUGUCACCCUGUAACUACAAAGAGAGGUUUUUUGUACUGGACACCCAGGAUCUGAAGUAUUCUGAGCGCCGUCCCGGGAAAAAGCCCAUGCUGAAAGGUUGUAUUGAACUGUCCAGAAUUAAGUGUGUGGAGACUGUGUGCAGUGAUGUGCCCAUACCGUGCAGCUUCAAAUACCCUUUUCAGGUUUUUCAUGACAAUUAUUACCUCUACAUAUUUGCACCAGAUAAUGAUUGCCGUCAGAAAUGGGUCAGAGCUCUUAAAGAGGAGACAAAGCACAACAAUUUAGUUGCAAAAUACCACCCAAACUUCUGGAUGGAUGGAAAAUGGAGAUGCUGCCAACAAACAGAGAAACUGGCAAAUGGCUGUAAUGUAUAUGACCCAGUGGGCUACGCCUCUAAAAAGCCGCUUCCCAGCCUCCCGGAUCCAGAGAUGCAGCUGGAAGAUUCAGGGGAACAGAAGGUCAUCGCUUUGAAAAACUACACACCCCGGGGAGACAAUGACUUACCUCUUCAGAAAGAUCAGGAGUAUCUCCUGAUUAAGGACUCCAAUUCUGACUGGUGGCUUGUACAGGAUGAGAAAGGGAACUCGGGUUUUGUGCCCAGUACGUACGUUGCUGAAAAAUCUAUCAACAACUUUGAGAGAUUUGAGUGGUACAACAAAAACAUUAACAGAGCGCGGGCAGAAGAAUUAUUAAUGAAAGAGGGAAAAGAAGGCGCAUUCAUGGUGCGGGACUCAAGACAGGUGGGAGUGUACACAGUGUCUGUUUUCACCAAAGCACCGGGGUCUAAUGGGGAGAAGAAUCCAAGAGUGAAACAUUACCAAAUCAGACAGACAGAAACAAGCCCAGCUUCAUUUUACUUGGCAGAGAAGUACCUGUUUAGCACCAUUCCCGAGCUCAUAUAUUACCACCAACACAAUGCUGCGGGGCUGAUAACACGCCUGAGACACCCUGUCUCUCAAGAUGGACGCAACUCCCAGGAUACUACUGAUCUCUCAAAAGAUCAAUGGGAAGUGGACCCCGAGGAGCUGACACUGGGUCAAGAGAUAGGCAGUGGUCAAUUUGGACUGGUGCUGGGAGGCAUCUGGAGGGAUCAUAGGGUAGCGGUGAAGAUGAUAAGAGAAGAGUGCAUGUCAGAUGAUGAUUUUAUAGAAGAGGCGAAGGUUAUGAUGAAACUCUCUCAUGCUAAGCUAGUACAGCUGUAUGGCGUGUGCACGCAGCGUUCUCCCAUGUGCCUCGUGUUUGAGUACAUGGACAAUGGCUGCCUGACAGACUACCUGAGAGAAAGGAAAGGCUCUUUGUCUCAGGAUAUGUUGUUGGGGAUGUGUCUGGAUGUCAGCGAAGGGAUGGCUUAUCUAGAGAUGUCCAACUUCAUCCACAGAGAUCUGGCUGCCAGGAACUGCCUUGUCUCAAAGAACAAUGAGGUUAAGGUAUCCGAUUUUGGCAUGACCAGAUUUGUUCUUGAUGAUCAGUACACAAGCUCACAGUGCUCCAAGUUCCCCGUCAAGUGGUCAUCCCCAGAGGUCAUCAGAUACUGCAAAUUCAGCACAAAGUCUGACAUCUGGUCAUUCGGUGUGCUCAUGUGGGAGGUGUAUAAUGAAGGCAGACUCCCCUAUGACAACCGCACUAAUGCAGAAGUGGUGGAGUCCCUGAACGCAGGCCUCAGGCUUCUGAAGCCACGCUUGGCCCCGGAGUCUGUCCAUCUGCUCAUGGAGUGGUGUUGGAAGGAGAAACCAGAAGAUCGCCCAACAUUUGGGCUCCUCUUUCAUGAGCUGGCCUCACUUUCAGAUGCCUGAUUUAAAGAUUUGAGGAUGUCAUUUUUAUACAUAGUAUUUAUUUUAUUUAUUGAUUGUCACCAGUUGCAUGUCAGUUGUAAAGUUAGAUGAUUACAAAACACAACAUAAUUUUAUAUCCUGGAUUUUGCACUUUAUCUCUUUCAUAGCUCUGUAAGUAUCCCUUAAGAGGGCACACACACAGUCCUUUCACACACCUAUUGGUGUUUACUGCAGAAUUAUGUAAAAGCUUCAGUAAUUCUAUAAGCCCUAUAAAGGUGAGAUGGUUGCUAUUCACUUAGCUGUUAGUCCAUUAAAUACUUUGACUGUCAUUAAACUGGAUGUUUCACA